UCCUUCUGGAUUCAUGCCGGGAAAACGUCUUUCAGCUCGAGGAUGAAACCCGCCAAUGAAAACGACGGCGCACCCGUCACGUGGCAACGCUCGGAGCCAAUGGGCGAUCGCGGCGAUUCUCGGGCGACAGUUGGCGACCCCGGCGGGAAAAGCGGCGGGAGCGACCGGCGGAGAGGAGGCCCCUGGGUUUCUGGCGGUUCCUGCCAAGCCCAACAGCUGCAGGAUGAUGGCUUCAGACGAGGGCAGUGCCCGACUGCGCUGCCGUCACCGGACCAGGUCGGGCUCCGCCGUCUCGUCAGCCCCGCUCGCCUCGCUCGCCGCUCCCCACGCGGCCAAAAUGUCGACGGCGCGGCUCCGUGACGAGGCCGGCGAGCCGACGGGCAGGAGGCAUCACCGGCCCGACGCGGCUCCGUCACGCAAACACCACGACAACGAUGAUGACCACGCCGCCUCCGUCUCGCGACGGCCGCCCGACGUCGUCAUCGGCAACGCUCGCAAGAGACGAGCGCUUGCCAGCGAAGACGAGUCUGCUGGCAGCUCCGGUUGGCCGCCGUCACUGGCCGCGGCGAGAGGCGCCGCCCGCGGUGUUGACGAUGACGACUCCGACGGCGAGUGUUCUCUGCUCUCUCGCUUGUUGGCCAAAGGUGGAAAAACCGGCGUGGGCAAAUUAAACGGCAAAACACGCAGGGACAGUGCCAUCGAAGACGUCCUUUGCUUCCUCCCCGUCAGUAAAAGCGACGCUCGCAGAGACAGAGACGGUGCGGGCAGCGGCGGCGGCGUUGUAAGGGAGUGCGCCCGGCGUUCCCGCCAAUCAGCGGAGUGGCACAGCCCCGACGCUGCAGGGACAGUCGCUUCCGGCAUAGGCGGUGGUGGUGGUGGUGCCGUUGCCGCCGCCGCCGCUCCUGCCGCUAUUCCCGCUGGGCACUUCGGAGCUCAGAAAUUGGACGGUGACGAUGCGCGACGUAUUCGCCACAGUCGCAAGGGACGGCUAGCAAACGGCAGGCGGAGUGCCGACGGCAUCUAUAAGAACAGCAGCGGCGGUGGCAGCGGCACCAACAGCAGCACCAACAUGGACAGCAGCAGGAAUAGCACCAAUAUCGACAGCAGCAGCACCAACAUCGAUAGCAGCAGCACCAACAUCGAUAGCAGCAGCACCAACAUCGACAGCAGCAGCACCAACAUUGACAGCAGUGAUGAUCACGGCUCUGUCGCCGAUGUGCCACCGCCGCUGUGGUCCGGUGAGCGGCCGAGCGCGGCCCGUGUUGGUACCGUCGCCGCGGAGGCAGAGGGGGACAGCGAUCCCGUCCCCGGUGGCUCUCUCGGCAUUUGCCAUGGCGUGAGCGGCGACAGUGGUGGAGCCGACGACGACGACGGUGGAGACGACGACGGUGCCGCCGGUGUUGGGUUGAUGGACGCCGCGUUUGUGGAGACCUCCGGGCGCUUCUCCGACUCCAGCCCCUCCACCGUCCCGGCAACGCCGGAGCUGGCGCGCAGGCGGCGGCGCGGUGGACUCUUCCUGCACCGGCGCUGCCGCCGCGUGAGUGUCACGCGUAGCCCCAACUUCGUGCCAGUCACGCCGAGCCCCAUCCUUGCCAGCAGAAAGAGGCGGCAGCCGCUGCCAGAGCUCAGCUCGGAGCCACCGGCGUGCUCAGAGUCUCCCAUGAGCCACCAGCACCCCCCCACGACCCAGGCGAGGAGACGGCUCGGGCUGCGGUGUUCUCCCGGUCGCGACGUCUGCCCGAGAGGACUCGCCGGUGGCGUGAGCCGGGCUCCGCCGCCCUCACCACCGUCACCGCGGUGCCGCCGGCCCCGCCACUCCUUCGGCGACGCUGCGCCAGGUCCCAGCAGCACCGGGGAAUGGGUUCGGAUCCCACCCAACUUCAUAGUGAUCAACAGCGACGACGACGAUGAGGUCGGCGGGGACGCCGCCUUGGCGCAGCAGCAGCAGCAGGUGGACGAGGACGAGGCGCUGGCUCGGGCGCUGCAGAUCCAGUUUGACGAGGAGGAAGCGGAGAGGCUGGCGGGGCCCGGAGGUCACGGCGACGGUGGCGGGCACAUGGAAGAGUUUUGGCACCGCCCCUUGACUCGCUCCUCGAAUCACCAAGAAGAGCUGCCGCGCAGCCAACGCAGGAGGAGGAACCCGUCGCAGCACCAGCACAGGGACAUUGACCCGGGGUGGACGUACUGCGGCAUCCCCCCCAAUCUUCUGCGCGCCAUCGCCAUGACCUCGAUGCACACGCUGCAGCAGAGCCCCAGCAACAAUGGCGAUGACUACGAGGAACUGCUGCGGCUGGAUGAGCAGCUUGGCGUCCGAGCGCAUUGCCUCAGCGCUGCAGACAUACACCGGCUGCCCACCCAGGUCUUCUCGGCCGACCUGCGCAAGCCAAACUCCCAGUGCAGCAUCUGCACGGAGGCAUACGAGGAGGGGGAGGUGAUGCGGACCUUGCCCUGCUUGCACGCCUUCCACGCUGCCUGCAUCGACAGGUGGCUACAGCAAAGCGCCAUAUGCCCGGUGUGUCGCACAAACAUCAUCUUGGAAUGACGGAGGCGAAGAGGACGAGGAAGAGGAGGUGGAGGUCUUCGGGGGGCUGAGAAGUUUUUUCAAGAGCCAAAGAGUCGUGUUUAACGUGCAGUCGGCACGCUUUUCACGACCGAUAUUAUCCACGACAGAGGUUGGUUUCUUUUGGUGGGGGUGGGGGGGGCGUUAUUAACGUCACCGGCUGGUCGGGUUGUAAACGACCGACCGGUUGGUGCUGAACGAGUAACGAAUUGGCCAUGCGCUGUGCUACGUGACACCCCCUCGCCGAUUGGCUACGUGACAAACCCCCUCGCCGAUUGGCCACUUGUCGGGUGGUGCUGGUGGUGGCAGCGGUUACCGAUACGACAUUGAUAUCGGUGCCAUCUGCCACCCAAAACGAAACCAUUAUUUGGGAGCACAGUUGUACUCCCGCCCCCAAGUCUCCCCACCACCCCCCCCCCCCCAAAUUCCAGGAUAUUAUUUGUACGCCACGGUGCAACGAUCUGCCACGGCGUUCAUUUUCUUGAGACUUUUACGGUUCAAAUUUCGAUUGAAAGCUUUCGUGACUGCAAGGAUUCAUCUUCUUUGGUUCUUUCGGUAAAGUCACGUAGAAUGAGAAUAAAAUAAUAAAUUAAUAAAAUAAAAUAAC